AUGUUGUUAACAAAGGCAAACUUGUUCUGGAUAGGUAUUUUGAUUCUUAAAACUCAUGUCCAACAAAUUCAUUCAAUACUACAAAUAAGCAUUAAUCUAAGACAUUUUAAUUCUGUUUUGUUCAAUUUAGUUUCGAGUACAAAGAAGAGAAAGGUACGAGAUAACAACUACAAUGAAAAAUCAGUAUUUACUGAGCUUGUUAGUACUUGUGGUAUCAUACUGAAAGAUGGAUCAGCCAAUAAUGAAAUAAGUAUUGAUCAGGCCAUGUUUCAAAAGAAUCUAGUUGUUGCAAUGAAAGCACAUGAAACAUAUCCAGAAACUGUAAAUGAAUUGUUAGAAGGUUUACAGAAUUAUAUGUCAGAAGAUAAGAGGUUUCAUAAGGUAUUGAUGCCAACUAUAACAAGUACUGAUUGUGAUAAUGCUCGAGCUUCUAUACAAGAUAGCGUAGUUCGUAUAUUGAUGGGUGUGGACAUGCUACAGAAUGAUGUUAUGAAUAUGCUAUUAGAGAAAUUACCAGAAUUCAUUGGUGAUGCUGAGUACAAUGGUGAGAAAUUAUUUGUACCUCAUCUAUUACUGAGCCAGUUUCGAUGGUUAGAUCGUAUUAUAGAUUGUAAGAAAUUGAGUAAGAAGUUGAUAGAAAUGAUAAGUAUAACAUCAUUAGAUAUACAGAGAGAAAUAAUAACAUGUUUACCAGAAAUAAUAGAAGAUUCAGAACAUGCAACAGUAGCUAACACCUUGAGAGAUGUAUUAUUAGAAGGGAAUCAGUUAACAGUAGCUGUAUUAGAUGCAUUAUCAAAUUUAAAUCUGACAUCAGAGUUACUUCUUGAAGUAAGAGGAUCAGUUAUACAAACAUUAAAAUCUGUAGAAUUAGAAGAUUUACCAGUUGUUAUUAAGUUUCUCUUACAAACUGUAACUAAUCAAGAUUCCUUAGAGGUGAGGCAAUUUAUUGGAAAUAUUUCUGAUCUAAAUAUUGAUAUAUUAUAUAUCUCUUUUUAUCUUUUCCAGGCUUCAUUACAAUAUAUGUCAAGAACCAGUGAAAAAGAUUGUGAAACUCUUACAUUAGAUGCCAUCAAAUCAGGAAUUCAUUUUCAAAGGACUGUAGCUGAAGCAUUUAUAAAGGCUAUAGACAAUGUUAAAGCAGCAGGAGAACAGAAAGUAUUAGAUUUAUUUGUAUUAUUAAUAUUAUAUAAUACCAGUAGAAAGAAAACAGUAGAAAGUUUAUUUAGAAAUAAAAUUAGAUCUGGAUGUUUCUCUGAGAAUUUCUUACAGUCUUCAUUUUCAUCUUAUUCUCAAAUUUUGCGAGAUUAUUUUACCAGUAUACUAUCAUUAUGUGAAGUAUUAUUAAGAUCACCAGAACCAGUUGUUAGUUACUUUGCAUGUUCACUGUAUAAACAUUGUUUUCUCUAUUUUGAUUCCUUCUGUAAACAGGAAAUUGUUAGUAGUUUGGUAACACAUAUUGGAAGUGGUUUAGAUAGUGAAAUGGAUUCCUCACUACAUAUAUUGGUUGAUUUAGUAGAAAAUAAUCUGAAAGCUAUGGUACCAUUUGCUAUAUUUGUCAAGGGUGUUUUAGAUUAUUUAGAUAAUCUAUCAGUAUGUCAGAUAAGACAGUUAUAUUCUAUGUUAAGUCGUUUAGCUUUUUAUGAUACUGAUGAAGGUGGCAUGAUACAGGAUGAUUUACAUAUUAUAAUAAGAAAACAGCUAUCUAGUAGCAAUCCAAAGUAUAAACGUAUGGGUGUUAUUGGUGCUAUUAUGAUUGUUAAAAGUAUGGCUGUAUCAAAAAAUGAUACGGAAGAAUUAGAAGAUGAUAUAUUUAGACAAGUUAUAAGUUUAUUACAGCUAGUAAGAAAUAGUUGUUCUAAUAAUCCUCAAUCAUCAGCUUUAUUUAUGGAUGAAUUGUCUUCUGUUAUUAAUAAAGGUCGACUAGCAACCAAUAUAGAGAAUUGGAUAUCAGAAAAUGUUACUAGUGACUUUCAAGAUGAUUUUGUUGUUGAUAUUGAAGAAGGAAAAGAUUGGUUAGUACCGCUGGAGUUAAGUUUUGGUUUGAAUGAUGAAGAAGAGAGUGCUAUAGCCAUUGAUUUAUUACCAUUAAUAAUACAUACUAGUGACCGUAAAAAAUCUACACUACCAAAACAACCUAGAUCACCACAACCUUUAUGUCUAUCACCACAUUUUCGUUUAGUUCAGAUAUGUGAAUAUAAACAGCAAGAUGGUAAUUUAGAAGGAAUAGAUGCCUUAAUAGGUUGUCCAAUAUAUACUGUGAAGAGAGAUGUCAUAGAUAAAAUCUCCUCAUUAUCACAGAAAGAAAAGGAAAUUAUUUGUACUACAUUAUUUUAUGAAAUUAAUUGGUUUAUUGAGAUGGUGAAUGGUUUCGCAACUCAAACUGAUGCUGAAAUGAAAGGAAAAGUGAUCUGUAGAUUGAUAAAUAUUACUGAUAGUCAAAGAUUAUUAGAGAAAUGUUUAGCUGAAACAACAAACUAUAUUCCACCUUUGGCUAAUUUUGAUUUGGAAGAUAAACCACAGAAUACCUCAACAGCAUCAACAUUUAAGGAGAGUAAAAAAUCUACUAAAAAACAGGGCAAGAAGUUAAAAGGUGAUAAAGUUAAUCUAGAUGAUUCAGAUGAAACAAGUAGAGGCUCAACUCAAAGUGAAAAAUCUCAGGUAAAAGAUAACAAAGAAAACAAGAAUAAAGCAGUUGUAUCAUUGUCAUCUUACACAAAAUAUUUUAGAGAAUUAGAUAUCCAUGUUUUUACCAUGUUAACAACUAGUUUAAUUACUAAAUCAGCUCUAGAUUCUCAACAAAAUACAAAGUUAACAGAAGAGUUAAAAUUACAACCAGCACAGUUGAAUUUUUUAUUAGAAGAUUUAGUACAGAAAUUAUCACACUCAUUAUUAUCUACAACCAAUAAACGACGUACAUUUCUCAAAACUAAAGUUGAUAAAAAUAUUGGAUAUUCUCACCUAGAUCAACUAUCAUCUAAUGAAAUAAUAGCAAAUAUAAUAUCAUUAUUACCAUCAUUAUGUGAUCAUUUGGAGAAGAUUAGUUCAUAUUUCCAGAAAGAGGUAGAAGACAAUGAUGGAGUGAUAGAUAGUAUUAAUAUGUCAACAGAUGAAUCAAAAUACAUGAUGUGUAUAUUUAAACAUUUAUUACAAUGUUUUUUAUCUGUAUUUAGUUGGAAUGGAUUUUUAAUGCAUUGUAAUAAUGAUAUAUUAAAACAGAGUUUACAAGUUUUAAUUAGUAGAAUAAAGACGGGUGAUUCGACUCGAACUCAGUCUACAUUUCAAGAAUUGAUUAGGGGAAGCUUCAAGUAUCUACAGAAUUUCUCAAAUACUAUAUUAAAUUUAGAAAGCGGUGUUUUAUUAAUUAAAGUAUUAAUAGUCAUUGCUAAGAAAUAUGAAAAUACAGAGUUACAACAAAAAAUAGCUACUCUAGCCUGUGAUUUAUUAAAAAGAGAAUGGAGAACAGUGGAUGGGGAAAGAGAGAAAGGACAGAAACAUAAUGAAUUAUUACAAAUAGUUAUCAGAACAUACAUAGUACAUUCAGAGGAGCAGUUAUCAGCCAUAGAAACAUUAACAACUAAAGGUAUACCAGAGUUAAUAGAUGCAGAUAAAAAUGGUUCUUCUAAUACUUUUCCAUCAUUAACAAGGAAUUCGUUUGCAGUAUAUUUUCGUGUAAUUUUUAAUCAGUUAAUAGAUAGUAUCAAGUCUAUUAGUCCUUAUAAACAAACAGAUACUAAACAGAGUAAAAUGGAUAAAUUGAUACAGUGGAAUAUGGCUGUUAGAAUACAUCAUGUUUUAGUCAAUUUAUUAAAAGUAUUUGAUGGUCGUGCUAUUCUAGGUACAGUAUUGAAAUAUGGACGCCAGUUUGUUGAAGUUUUCUAUAGACAAGCUAUGCCAUUAUUAGAUAGUAUGUUUAGAUUCCAUAGAGAAGAUGUUCAAAGUAUAUUAAAGACAUUUCAACUUAGUACAAGAACAUUACAUCAUUUAUGUGGGCAUACAAAGAUCAUUAAAGAUAUUUCUUUAACCAAUCAAGUACCAUUGUUAAAGAAAGCCUUAGAAGCCUUUGUAUACAGAGUUAUGUUAAUGUUAACAGUCAAUAAAUGUCCUGAAGCUUUCUGGAUGGGAAAUUUGAAAAAUCGAGAUUUACAAGGAUGUGAAAUAUUAUCACAAGUAUCAGAACAUAGUUCAGCCAGUGAUGGUGGUGGUCAAGGGAAGGGAAGUGAUGAAGAAGCAGAUGAUGUUCCUGAUGAAGAUGAUGAUGAAAGUGAAGUGGUCAGUAUUCCUUUCUGA